GGCGGCGGCAGCGGGCGGGGCUCAGCUCGGGCUCCGGCUCCGGCUCCGGCUCGGGCUCGGCGGGCGGGCGGGCGGGCGGACAUGGCGGCCAACAUGUACCGGGUCGGAGAUUAUGUCUACUUUGAGAAUUCCUCAAGUAAUCCAUAUCUAAUCAGAAGGAUAGAAGAACUUAAUAAGACAGCAAAUGGCAACGUGGAAGCAAAAGUAGUGUGCUUUUAUAGACGGCGAGACAUUUCCAACAGUCUUAUAAUGCUUGCAGACAAGCAUGCUAAAGAGAUUGAAGAAGAAUCUGAAACUUCAGUAGAUGCUGAUUUGACAGAUAAACAGAAACAUCAACUGAAACAUAGAGAACUAUUUUUGUCACGUCAGUAUGAAUCUCUUCCUGCAACACAUAUCAGGGGAAAAUGCAGUGUUGCACUUCUGAAUGAGACAGAAUCAGUUUUGUCAUAUCUUGAUAAAGAGGAUACAUUUUUCUAUUCUUUGGUUUAUGAUCCUUCAUUGAAAACGCUUUUAGCAGACAAAGGUGAAAUCAGAGUAGGACCUAGAUAUCAAGCAGAUAUACCAGACAUGCUUGCAGAAGGAGAAACAGAUGGCAGAGAACAAUCAAAGCUGGAGGUUAAAGUCUGGGACCCAAACAGCCCUCUUACUGAUCGACAGAUUGACCAAUUUUUAGUUGUAGCACGUGCGGUUGGAACAUUUGCUCGAGCCCUGGAUUGCAGUAGUUCAGUCAGACAGCCAAGUUUACACAUGAGUGCAGCUGCUGCUUCUCGAGACAUCACUCUGUUCCAUGCUAUGGACACAUUAUACAGACACAACUAUGAUUUAAGCAGUGCAAUUAGUGUUCUGGUACCACUUGGAGGACCUGUUUUAUGUAGAGAUGAAAUGGAAGAAUGGUCUGCUUCUGAAGCUAGCCUAUUUGAAGAGGCUUUGGAAAAAUAUGGAAAAGACUUCAAUGAUAUACGUCAGGACUUUCUCCCAUGGAAGUCAUUGACUAGCAUCAUUGAAUAUUAUUACAUGUGGAAAACUACUGAUAGAUAUGUACAACAGAAACGCCUGAAAGCUGCUGAAGCUGAAAGCAAAUUGAAACAAGUCUAUAUUCCAACUUACAACAAACCAAACCCCAACCAAAUAUCUGGCAGCAAUGGCAAACCCAACACUGUGAAUGGAGCUGUGGGAACCCCGUACCAACCCCAGAGUGCCCUGAUAGGACGGGCCUGUGAGAGCUGCUAUACCACACAGUCUCACCAGUGGUAUUCUUGGGGGCCACCCAACAUGCAAUGUAGAUUAUGUGCAACCUGUUGGCUGUAUUGGAAAAAAUAUGGUGGCCUGAAAAUGCCAACACAGACAGAAGAAGAAAAACUAUCUCCCAACCCAACUACAGAAGAUCCCCGUGUUAGAGGUCACAUGUCACGUCAGGCCACACAGGGAAUGCCAGUCCGUAACACUGGAAGUCCAAAGUCAUCUGUGAAGACCCGCCAAGCUUUCUUCCUUCAUACUACAUGUUUGACCAAACUUGCUCGCCAGGUCUGCAAAAAUACCCUCCGGCUGCGGCAGGCAGCAAGACGACCCUUUGUCCCUAUUAAUUGUGCUGCCAUUAGGGCAGAAUAUGCCGACAGACACUCAGAGGUAUCUGGAAGUCCUCUGAAGAGCAAAAGCACUAGAAAACCUUUGGCAUGUAUCAUUGGUUAUUUAGAGAUCCAUCCUGCAAAGAAACCAAAUGUACUAAGAUCUACGCCAAGCCUGCAAAGCCCAUCCACUAAGCGGAUGCUUGCCACCCCAAACCAUGCAUCUCUGAGCAUCCUGGGAAAGAGAAACUACAGCCAUCACAAUGGCCUGGAUGAACUCACAUGCUGUGUUUCAGAUUGAGAUGCCCUCAUCCCAUCCUCCAAACCAAGACUCACUUCACUGUCCUACUGACCUUUACAGCUUUGGCUUAGGAAGAGGCAGUUGUGCUCCCGGCACAUCCCAGCUUGAAACCCCCAUGACCUGACCCCCCCGCAGAGUCAAUGGCCCACAGUGGGGAAACUUGAGUUCAGCUUCCCAAAGCUACAUCUCCAUUUUGUGAAUCAAUAGCAUCUCCCUUAGCCUCUCAAGGUACAAGCUGCCCAAGAGCAGGACCCAUAUGAGAAAGGAGGAGAAGAAAGUUUACCCUAUCCUAUCCUAUUUUAUCUGCAGCCUUCCAGCAUCACAGAAUUUGCAGUUGUUCUCUCUCCUCUUGAGCACAAAAAUAGUCAGCUGUAUCUCCUAGAAUGAAGCAAGUCCUGAGCCCUGAUGCCUUGGAGAGACAGUAAUGUUUCAUGGAUCAGGCUGACUGUGGUUUGUGAGGAUGUGUAAUUGUGCAUAGGAGGGGGUAUAACAUCUUCCUGAAGGAUUCUUAAGAAAUGUGCUCAUGUAUAUGCAGCUUGCUGUGACAUCUGUUCCCCUUUUCUAGGCAUCACUGUCACAUAGCUUUGAUACCACCUUCACAUAACUUCCUCUUUGAUGCCAA